AUGUGUAGGGGUUGUCCCCCUAUCAUUCUUGGCGGUCUUACCUCAUCCUAUCCUCGCAACGUCAGGGGAUUGCCUCCUCGGUUGCAGAGCCCUGGAUGUGUAGGGGUUGUCCCCCUAUCAUUCUUGGCGGUCUUACCUCAUCCUAUCCUCGCAACGUCAGGGGAUUGCCUCCUCGGUUGCAGAGCCCUGGAUGGGAUUGCCUCCUCGGUUGCAGAGCCCUGGAUGUGUAGGGGUUGUCCCCCCAUCAUUCUUGGCGGUCUUACCUUAUCCUAUCCUCGCAACGUCAGGGGAUUGCCUCCUCGGUUGCAGAGCCCUGGAUGUGUAGGGGUUGUCCCCCUAUCAUUCUUGGCGGUCUUACCUUAUCCUAUCCUCGCAACGUCAGGAGAUUGCCUCCUCGGUUGCAGAGCCCUGGAUGUGUAG